AUGUGUAUUCCAUAUAAUCUGUCGAGGAAACAAGAUGACACCAUAAAACAUCGACCUAAAUCAUCCUGCAGUAAAUCGUUUCCCCGUGGUGCCUAUGAUGCCUGGCCGUCAAUUUUACGUCAUGAUCUUAAAAUAUGUGGCUGUACAUUAACGGGAAGUAUCAUCGGUAGAACUCAAUUAACUUCUUCCAUAUUAAAACUGCUUGAUGGAUUUAAACCAGCUGGAUACUGUCGCCUAGUCAUUUGUCUGUAG